AUGAGGAGGCCGGGCGGGGGUCCGGGGGUCCCCUCCGCCAUCUUCGUCUUCCUCGCCUUCCUCCCCCUCUCCCGCCCGGGGCUGCCCGCCACGACCGGGACCCAGGCCCCCGCCUCAGUGCCCAUGCCAGUCAACGUGAAAAUCGAAUCCUAUAAUUGGAAUCCUUUGGUGUCCUGGGACUUCCCGAAUGUGUCUGGGCUCCCUCUUUUCACCGUGGAGAUCUUGAACUAUAACAAUGAAAAUUGGAUGAAAGUCCGCAACUGCAGUGGAAUUUCUGCUCAUUCUUGUUACAUUCUCACUGAUAUCAUGGACUCGGAGAUAUCGCACUGGGCUAGAGUUAAGGCUUCCAUUGGAGGAAAAGAAUCUGAUUAUGCAAAAUCCAAAGAUUUUGUCCUGAAAAGAAAUGGAAAAAUUGGACAGUUCAAACUAGAUGUCACAACCAAAGAUGAUAAAAUCAUUGUUGACAUAUUCUACCCUCCAAUUUUUGCUGAUGGAUCGAAGAAAAUCUCUUUGUUCGACGUGUAUGAUGAUAUUACUUGCAUGGUUUAUUGUAGUGUAGAUGGAGAUGAGUCUGAAGAAGAGUAUGAAACUGAGUGCGAUUUUGAUAAAUGCAACACCAGCAUUCAAAUAUUGUCUGGAAAAUCUGAGUACUGUAUUAGGGCUCAACUAAUCUCAGAAAAUUGGGAAAUUAAAUCUGAAGAAACAGAAAGGCACUGUCUUCACCUUCCACCCAAAAGCCCAUCAGAUGCUCAUGUGACUUUGCCCAUUGCUCUAGCUGCUUUGGUCUCAAUUGUUUUGAUAAUAGUCUUUGCUUAUCAAUUGGGGAAGAGAAGCAGCAGCUGCCAGAGAGGAAAUAUCCGAUUACCCAAAUCACUGGUCUCCAUAGUAAGAAACUUUAAUUCCCGGAGCAUUCUGGAGACUAAGUCAGAAACAAAGUAUGUUUCCAUCUUAACGUGUCAGCCAGCACCCCCACACAGUGUGAAGGAGCUCGUGGAGGAGCCAUUCACCCCGGUGACCGAGGUGGAAAUCAUUCCUGCUGAGGACAGCGUGGGGAAAUCGGAGCAAGACACUCCUUCCCAAGAGACUUCAAAUCCGACAGAAGUGACGGCCGUCGAGGAGGGUGCUACAGAGACGAGCUCAGACAGCCAUCCCAGCUCCAAGGGGAAAGACAGCUAUUUCCAAUCUAACUGCAGCCUCUCCUCACACUCAGAGCCUUCCAGUCACGGAUCUGGAAGUUGCUCCACGGAGCUGGACAGCAUCACUGUGUAUGAGCCUGCGGCCGAAGUGACGGUCCAAGACCCUCUUCCGCUACGGAACACUAACGUGAAUUUUGGUUACGAUAAGCCUCAUGUUCUCGUUGACCUGAUCGUAGAUGAUGGUGCCGGGUCUGUGAUUGGGUACAGACCUUCAGAGGAGUCGGCAGCCUCUUCGUCAACAUACAACCAAGAGCUGCAAACAGCCUGAUUUCAGAGCUCUGAUCCGUAGGCAGACAAGGGACCCCGUGCUCCGUUCUUCCACGCAUUAUUUGGUGCCACUGUGGGAAAGAGUUGGAUGGACCUUAAGAAAACAGGAUACGUUUGUAUCUCCAGCCUGUGUGAUUCUUUCCGACUUAGCAGGUAGAAUUCAUAGACAUCUUUUGGAAUGAAGAUGAGGACCUCUUGAACUUUCAGAAUUGAGGUCCAGGUUAUCCUUUUAAAAGAAACAGUAUGCUGAGCCAAAAUUUUCAUUUUUGAAUCUUUUUUUUUUUUUAAAAGAUGUAGCGAAAAGAGCCUGGGUUUUGGAGUCAUCAUUUUUAGCAAGCUGGACAACACAGAGUUGACUUGUUUACUGGAAGAGGGCUGUCCUUUGCUAUUUUGGGAUACAUGACAUGGAGGAGUUUCAGCUUUUGACUUAUGAUUGAAGGACUGUUCAGGACUGUUUGCAGUAUGAACUUAAAAUAUUCAGCCAGUGAUCAAUGUAAUAAGUUUGGCCCAUUGGAUGUCAUGUGAACGCCUUGUGGGUAGAGAACAUAGCUACCAACUCUGUUGUAUUAUACUUUCAAUAAAUAUCAUUGAUCAGUGUUUUAGCUGUUGAGGAGAGUCUAGUGUACAAACGACUCUCAUUUCAUUUCAUUUCCUUAGUUUUUUUUUCCUUUGUUUAUAAUGUAUGUGGUCCUGUGAGUACUGUUUAUCACUGUACCCAGGUUGUUUUUUAACUUUGUCAGUUUUUCCAUCAUACCAAAAAUGAUUUAGGAAUACUUGUACAUAAAUAUGUCAGUACUCAUAAUUAUCAAAGGGGUGUGUGAUAGCCUGGUGAGAGAUGUAGGGUCCCAGUUUUUAUAGCAAACCUGAGACUAUUACUACCUUUUUAAAAGAAUGAUUGUGUGUCUCGCCUCAUGUUCUUUUUCCUUUUGAGUGACUCUGGAGAAAGAUACAAAGUAAUGUUAAAAUACUCUGUAGUAUAUAAGGAGUUGGAAGUUUUUUACUGAAUUAGCUGCAGCGUUUAGCGGGUUCCCAUUACUAGUAAAGCACUGUUCUGGGCCUUCAAGGAUCAUUUUGUGUUCAGUCCCCAGUAGAGCCUCACGUGAUCUCACCCUGGCCUUUAGGAUCUGACCUAACGCAGGCCAGACUGGUGUCAGACGAGCCUGGAAAAGAUACCGCAUGCCCCUACCAGCGAGGGUCUCCUUGCACAACCUUCAGGCCUUCAGUGGCUUGGGAACACGCAUACGUGACAGAUGACCACGUUGGACUCUGGCAUUGGGUUGUAAGGUCUAGCGGGUUAAGUAGAAACUCUGUCAACAAAUAAAGUUAUGAGAGAUUUGUAAAAGUGCCCAACUUUUUAAAAACAUUUUUUUCAAGUCAGCAGUCCCCACGCUCCAGAUGGGUUACUCAGGAUGUGUGUGGUGGUACCGCUGCUCAUCCUUGAAUUCCAAGAAGCAAUCAAUCAAUCAAUCAAUCAAUCAAUCGUAUUUAUUGAAAUCAGAAGCAGAAAUCAGGGCUGUCCAGUGGCACCAGAAGUGUCAGAUAGGGUGCUGGUGUCACCUGUAUUUCAACCUGAGCAGGGCUCUGCCCUGCCCCAAGCAAGAUUCAUUCACACAUUCAUUUAUUCAGUCAUAUUUAUUGAGCGCUUACUGUGUGCAGGGCUCUGUACUAAGUGCUUGGGAGAGUGCAGUACAACAGUAGACGCAUUCCAUGCCUACAACGAGCUCACAGUUUUGCCACUGCACAAUUCACCUCCAGCCAUCUCAAGCAGGUUUAACGCCCUUCUGCAGUCUAGUUAGGGUGACUGUCCUCCUUAGCAGCAGUCCACAAGAGGCCAGGUGCCAAAGCAUCCAGCCCUUAAGCCAAAUUUGGCAAAUUCCCCAAAAGGAGGUUUCAGCAGUGUCUGAUGCUCAUACUGACUCUUGUAUUCAAUAUCACAUAUGUGCUCCAUUAUCUUGGAGGAAAGUGAUUAAUAGUAGAAAGGAACUUAUGCCAUUGGAUUCAAGGAGAGAUUACUUGUGUAAAGUCUCUGGGAUUAGACCUCAGAAGGAAGUCAUGAAGGAGAACUGAGAGAUGAUGUUUUUAAAUACUUCUUCAUGAUGUGAGGUACCGUGAGUUUCCGUAAAGUUUCUUCUUGGUCUCCUAAAAGGGGACCUUUUUCUUGACCAGUCCCAUUAUACACUUCCCAUUCUGCCAUCUCCUGAUCCAAGACUGGGAAAAACAGGCAUUUCAGGUCAGGUGUGAGGGGUGGGGAAUAUCGAGAGACUAUGGUUUUUUGUGAGUCACACAUGCUUGCUCUAAUUUAGUUUUUCAAUCAUAAAAUUUCCUCCCUCUCUGGGUCUCUAUUCAAAUAGUUUUGUUCUGUGGUUCCCUCGUGUUGAAAUGAAUAGAGGGCUGAAUAUGACUUCCGAGAAGCUAAUCAAGUUGCUGAAACCUUGUCUAAAUAAUUUUAUUACUCUUAUGUACCACCUAUGUUUACAAAUAUGUAACUGGUGGCUAGUCAGCCAAUUUAAAAAGUAGUUACAGGAAAGGAAUUGGAUUGUGAACUUUAGCUAGUUCUGUAGUGAUUAUGUCAACAAAGAAAGUUAUGAGAGAUUCGUGAAAAUGCCAAACUUUUAAAUUGUUUUUUUUAAAGGUAAAGCUAUAUUGGCAUGUGUAGUUGGAUGAUUUUUUUUUUACUGCAAUAGGUAAAUAAAUAUAUAAAAUAUGAAUAAAUAGACAGCUGGGUGGCUUGUUUCUAGAGAUUGGGGUAGAGAAAGAUUUUUAUUAAAAUAUGAAAUGGUUCUGCUUAAA